AUGAUUAAGUUUCGCUAUAAACGUAAGGAGACGAGCGAUGGAGGGAAGAGUGGAACGGCGAUUCAGAAGCAGAAGAUCGAAGGGCUGAAAGAUAGAGAGCUCUUGCCGCCAAAGGAUUUGCUUCUAUCGGGAUCUUUGGCCGGAGUGAGGCAUAAUACGCUGCCGCGAUCUCGUCCGCCUACCGCUAACAAGCGAGACGCACCUGAGAUUCCUUUGAACCAAACUACCUUGGCGUUGUUUCGUGAAUUAUUUGGGCAACUACAAUGGUCAGCAGAGCGCGCUCCAGCGGCGGACAGCCUACGGCGUGCUUUGGGCGGCGGGGGAGCCAGGUUCCAGCUUGGCUGCAUGGCAGACGCCAGCGAGUGUUUCGAACAUCUACUCCUAAGAGUCCAUGCACACGUGGCCGCUGGUACGGGCGACAAAAGGGAUGAUGAUGCCUGCAGAGCACCACACUGCGUGCCGCAUAGAAAGUUCGCUAUGAUGCUCGUCGAACAAUCUGUGUGUGGAGCUUGUCAAGCGACGUCAGAACCUUUACCAUUUACGCAGAUGGUCCACUACGUAUCUGCCACCGCCCUAACAGCGCAGGCGGCGCUUGGCGAACAUGGCGACAGCUUCGGUCUUUUGUUGAAGAAGGCUGGAGGCAUGGGUGACAUACGAGACUGUCCUAACGCUUGCGGUGCGAAGAUUCAAAUCUGCAGGACUUUAAUGAAUCGGCCAGAGGUGGUUUCCAUUGGCAUGGUCUGGGACUCUGAACGACCAUCAGCCGAACACGUAGCUGCGGUUUAUUCAGCUCUCGGUACAGAACUAAGACCAACAGACGCCUUUCACUCCUGUGUUGACCGCGCCUGGGCCGCCCGAGCGACGCAUCGUCUCGUCGGACUCGUCACGUACUACGGAAAACACUAUUCAACUUUCUUUUUCCAUAGCAAACUCAAGCUCUGGAUAUACUUUGACGACGCUGACGUUAAAGAAAUCGGGCCCGAAUGGUCUCAGGUUGUCGAAAAAUGUAAACGUGCAAGGUUCCAACCGCUUCUACUCUUGUACGCGGCAGUUGAUGGAACACCGUGCGAUACACGUCACGCUCCCAAAGACGUUGUUCCAUUCCCAGCGCCGGAACCUCGAAGGGCCGUCACUCCAGCUCCCGAAAAGCCUACAACUGGCUUCGCUAGGCGGGCGAUGACUCCGGGACCAGAUAAUGACAGUGAUUAUGUUAGCAGAAAAACGGUUGAAAAUAUGUUAGAAGUACACGCUAGUAGACGAGCACAAUUGGCACGAAGUCUUAGCACCAGCUCAGCUUCAGACACCCAAGAAAGACCGCGGGCGAGAAGAGACUCUGGAAAUUGGAGUGGCGACAGAAACAGUGCUUCCUCCGCAUCGUCUUCCACUAUUGAAAGCCCAUACAUGUAUCCUCGAGGCAGAGGACCUGGCAGUAUACCCAGUAGUCCUACACGUAAAGGUGAAUUAUCUAGCGGUGGGUCUUGUGAUGCAGGAUACGACUCCUAUUCUUUAUCUUCGACAGACAGUCUUCCGUUGCAACAAGGCCUUCGACACAAUUUACAACUUGCACAAAUUCCUGAACUCAUAACUAGGGGAGAUUGCGAAGCGUUGUGCAUGGAAGCUGAUCGAUUACUAGAGAAGUCUCGUCAUGCAGAAGAUGCCGCUGAUUAUGAGACUGCGUUAGUAUUAUGCGAUGCAGCUGCCACAAAAGUUUGUGCAGCUAUGGAUGCUCCUUACAAUAAUCCGCAUACUAUGACAUUCGCAAGAAUGAAGCAUAACACUUGUGUAAUGCGAGCAAGGAGUCUUCAAAGACGAAUGGCUGGUUUCAUCAGACAGACUGAAAUUCCACAAAUGGCUCCUGUUCGAAACACAAAAGGAGGUCUUGAAAGUGCCCCUACGACAAUUGAAAUUUAUGCUACUCUACCCAAGAAAAAGGGAUCUUCAAAAAAGUCAAAAGCUAUAGAAGAUGACAUUGAAACUUCACCACGGGAACGACCGCCUAGACACAAAUCUCGCGAAGAAGAAAAAAGUAGAGACAAAAGAUCUCGAAGUGAAGACCGUGGCCGUGCUAGGAAAGAAAUAACCGUUGCUGUCGAUAAAAAAGAUGAACCCGUGGAAGAUAAAAAAUCGAACAAAAAGCAACACAAAAUACGAAGAAAGUUAAUGGGUGGACUUAUAAGGCGGAAAAACAGAUCCAUGCCCGACUUAACUGAAGGUGCCGAUGUUAAGAAAGAAGAAACCAGCAAAGAAAAGCGAGUUGGGUCCGUUGAUGACGGUGAUGUAGGAAGAAAAAAAACGGAGGACAAAAAUAAUUUAAGCGGCUAUUUAUCAGAAGGACAUCUGGAGUAUUCUGCAGCAAGUGGGACUAAUCCAAAUCUUGAAAGAAGUAAACUAAUGAGGAAAAGUUUUCAUGGAAGUGCGGGUAAAAUGUUGACCGCUGCUAAAGUUCCUCCUCCACCACCACUGCGAACUACUUCCCAGCUUAGCGGGCCUAAGUUUGAGUCAGAAGUCUCAGAGCACGGCAUACAGAACCGUCCGCAACAGCCAUUGCCUCCUGCUUCGCAAGGAGUAUAUAAUUAUACUAAUGAUAACGAUGAAGACGGAGGCUUUUCGGAGCAAUACGGCGAAGAGCCGCAGUCAUUGCCAUUUGUGCCCUCAUAUGAUGAACAACCAACGAACCACUACAACUGCACUUUAGAUGACUCUCCAAAUACAUCACAAAAUUUUCAGACUGUUGUAACUCAAGCAAUGGUUCAUCAAGAGCAAAGUCCAGUAAGGAGAGAUCUGACGAAAAUAUUAGAUAUUUUACCGUCCCAUCAAACUAUACAGAAUCUCACCAGAUCAUUCGACAAUGGUAUUGACGUGGUAGAUUGCCCUCUUCCUCAAAACAUAAGAAGAUCGCCGCACUUGUUGGAUCUGCCACCAUAUCCGAGCCCAAUGAAUUCUGUCAAUCACUCCAGACAACCGAGUGAAGAAUUCCCACCGCCACCUCCACCUAUAGAUUUAACUCCAUUACAAGAAGAGCUUCACAAUAUUAACCAAAAUUGUAACAUGGAUCUGAACUACAUUCAAAAGAUAAAUGACGAACAUAUUGAUGUGCCAAAAGGGUCACUCCUAGCACAACUUCAGGAAAAAAGAAGUCAAAUUUUGAGAAAUGAAAAUAACCUCGCUAAAAACCAAUUUGAAACAAUCGGCAGUUCCGGAGAUACUUGGCUCAAAGAACUGCAAGCCAAACAGGCUGCUAUAAAACUAAAGCGAUCCGGAUCAAUAGAGGGUCAACUUUCCUCACCAGGAGAAAACUUUUUAAAUAAACCGGCAGAUAAUAACUCAAGUGUUAGAAGUAUCGCUUCUAGGUUUGAACCUAAUCUUCAAAACUCCCCUAUAUCUCCCCUAGAUAAUGAAAGAUCCCAUGUCGGGUACCUCAAUAUGGGUUCAAAUAGAGAUGUUAUUAAUUGCUCAAUCCAAUCAAGUAAUGGACAUUAUAACCGUCGUACCUCUUCAUCAUCUACCGAACAAAAGCAAAAUGACGAAGAAUACAAUUUAGGAAAAAUAAACAACACCACUAAUACUGGAGACCGAUCUAAGCCGAAAAAGAAAUCAGUAUCGUUUUGCGAUCAAGUCAUUUUAGUGGCGACAGCUGAAGAUCAGGAAGACGAUAGCUAUAUACCGAAUCCCAUAUUAGAAAGAGUUCUCAAAUCAGCUAUGAACAAACCAGAAAUGACAACUGUCCCACUACAAACAGAAAAACAUUCACUUCAUAGACAAGAGUCUUUCGAUAGCCAGUCUUCACGGUCGACUAUUUCAUCUUUAUCACAAACCUCAUAUACGCCGAAUGAAGCCAACGAAUACUUUAGAAAUCAAAACUCUUACCCAAACUACCAAGCUCAAACGCGUUCGCAACAACAACUUGCUGCACAAAAGAACACGACUCCGUGUGUACAAAAUCAAACUGUUCAAAACAAUAAUCAGAUAUAUCAAGCAUUACCUGCUAAUUCUCAAAAUGCCAGCAACCCCAUACCAUAUACGCAACCACCAUCAGUAUAUCCGAGUCACAACACGAGCCCACCGAACUAUAGUCAUAACCCUGCUAACCGUCUCACACCUAUCGUUCAUAAUCAGCCUUACAUGACAAAACAAGUACAGAAUAUACAACGAUCAGUGCCCAACACAUAUCCCCAUCCUUCGAAUCAACUGCACCCAGCGAAUCAGUCAAAUAAUACCUAUUAUCAUCGUAACCCACAACCUUCGACAACGCCUACACCUCCUGCCAACUAUGGUCAAAACCGUCAGUUUCCUCAAACCGUACAAAAUAAUAGUUCCUCAUAUCAAAGCGUACCUACAAAUUCACCAGCUUAUCAGAGCUAUCAUAACCCACCGACAAGUUACGCUCAUAACGAUUAUUCUAGUCGACAUCAAGGUAGUAAUACAAAUCAUUACAAUGCUUCACCGUAUCAAAGAGUUCCACCCCCUCAUGGUGAAGUGCUAGUUGAGAACUACAAUGGAAACUCUUACCAGAAAAUGCCCAAUUACUACGACGCUAACUCAAAUCAAACACGCGUCGAUCCAAGAAACUGUGGUCCCCGAGAAAAUGGCAAUGAGAUCAGUCAAUAUCAUCAGAAUGGGUAUCAGAAUUAUAAUCCAUAUCAACAUUUGGCACCACCUAAACAGAUGCAAAAGAAAUCAGUCUCUUUUGAGCCAGGUACAAAAGGUGGUACUGAUUCACCGAUACCACAUCAGAUGAAUGGAAACUAUUCGGAAACCCAAACGAAUACGUUGUCUAAUGGUCAGAAAACUGUAUGCAAUUUGUGUCGAAAGAAAACUCUUACUCCCCCAGCUACGUAUUGCCCAGAUUGUGACUUUUACAUGUCAAGAUUUAAACCACGUUCAUAG